AUGGUUUCAAAAAACGGUGGUGGUGGCGAGUCAUCAGUUACAGUUCUUUUUAUGAAAGAAAUUGCUCAUGCACAUGAAUUUGAGUCCGUAAGUCAACUGUCUUUGACUCUUGGAAAUAUGUGGGAGAUAUACGGCCAUGGUCCGGUCGUAGAUUCCGUUUUGUCAGUGGUAUUCAUAAUAAAUGUUGUUUUUGUCAAGGCUUUAGAAUGUCAAGAAAAGGCUCUAAGUGAAGAAGGUCUGGGAUACAAAGUUGUUUUGAAACUAACUAAAAAUGUACCUGCUGGCUCUUUAGUUGUGUUUGAUAACUUCUUCACUAGCAUUCCCCUAAUAGAGAUUUUAUAUGAAAGAAAUAUUUACAGUGUUGGCACAGUGCGACAAGGAAAGGAAUGCCAGAAGAAUCCACUUCAUAAAAAUCUGGGUACAGUGAAGAAAUGA